UCGAAUUACUUGUUAUCAGGCGGGAUCCUGUUUGAUUCUCCCGAAAUAAUGGAAGAAUCGUUUGGUCUGACCUGGGAGGAUUCCACGACUGUCGUUCAGUCUGAAGAAGUUAUAUGCGGCAUCGAAAAUGAAAUCCUUCCGUCGGAAACCGAAGAGUUUACGGGAUCUGCCGAGCAGGUAUCCGAAGAGGUCGUCGAGACGAGCGAGAUCGACGCUGAAGAUGGCGGUUCCGUUGAACGGGUCGUCUACCUCAGCGACGGUAAUGUUUUGGUGGUGAAUGAAGCGACUCAACCCACUUACCAGGAGCAGCUCAUGGAGUGCCAGAUGACAGAAGAGAUAAUCACGGAACAUUGGGGUGAUAGCUGCGCCGAAGAGAUUGUGGUUGGUUCUGAAGAAGCUGUGGGUACUGAAGAACCAAGUCAGGAAGAUUGUGAUAUACCAUUACCGACUGAUCAAGAUGAAUACACUGCAGCAAGACCAUAUCCAUGUGACUUUUGCAGUAGACGAUUCAGGAAAAAAGCCAGUCUUAUGAAUCACAUGGUGGCUCAUCAGACAGACCGACCUCAUGGCUGUAACCUUUGCGGUGUGAGAUAUAUCAGAAAGUGCGACUUGAUGAAUCAUCUGAAGGUCCAUGCUUACAUACCAGAAACAGAUGGAUUAAAUGACGAGCAGGUUCAAACAUUGGAAGAAUUCGCUGCAUUAGAUAAAAAGAAAAAAGGCAAACCUAUUGUAAGAAAAAAGAAGAAGAAAAUAAAGGAAGAGUUUGAGCAGUUUCAAGACGAUGUCGCUGAAUUUUAUACAGGUGCAUCAGGAUCUCGUACCUACAAUUAUGUUGAGGAAGAUGUCAAACUUGUGGAACAAAUACCAAACAAUGAAAGUUAUGAAUAUGAACAGCAAGAGGAACAACAACCUAUUGAAAAUAGAUAUCCUGUUACUGAUCCAAGAAAACCUUUCGUCUGCCAGCAUUGUGGGGUGUGUUUUGCUAGACAGAAAGCUCUGCUAUCACAUACCAGAGUGCAUUCAGAAGGUGACAGCCCAUUUGAGUGCCAAAAGUGUGGUGAGAUGUUUUGGGAUCAUACGCAGAUGCGGGAACAUGCCAAAGAAAAACAUGGGGAUGUAGAAGAUUAUGAUGAUGAUGAGGACGAGGAUUAUUCUGAAGAGGAUACAAAGUACGGCACAUUUUAUUGUACCACUUGUGGACUUUCUUUUCACAGGCAAGAUAAUCUGCGGAGGCACCAGAAGGUACAUGUAAAAGAAGAAUAUGUACACGAGCAUGAAUUCGGUCAUAUUUGCAAUGUAUGUGGGGAAUCUUUUCAAGAAGCUUUGGACCUUCUCGCUCAUGCUGAAGUUCACGCCAGGAGUAUUGAGUUCAGAUGUAUGGUAUGCGGAGAGAAUUUUCCAGAUGAGAGCACUCUAGCUGUACAUGUUCAGGCGAAACAUGGAAAAAGUCUACCCCCUAACACUUGUAUGUUGUGUGGACGGACGUGCAAAGAUAAACGAACACUCCUGAAACAUUCAUGGGAGCAUUCUAAAGAGAAGAUUUUUGCUUGCAGCAAGUGUGCCAAAACUUUUCACAACAAAGCUAGGCUGAAAAGACACAUGCUGUCGCACAGGAACAAAGUAGUGACUUGUGACGUUUGCGGGGAAGAGUUUCCAGAUGGUAGAUCAUUGAUGAACCAUCGGCAUAGUCACAGCAGCGUUUCUGGCAGGCAGUUUCCAUGCAGAGAGUGCGGAAAGACGUUUGGAUCGCGGAGCUCGCAGCAGAUACAUAUUCGAAUUCAUACAGGUGAGAGGCCAUAUGGAUGCAGAUUUUGUUGGAAAGCCUUCGCAGAUGGUGGAACGUUACGGAAGCACGAACGAAUACAUACUGGCGAAAAACCGUAUGCCUGUGCUGUAUGUCCUAGGGCCUUCAACCAACGAGUGGUCCUGAGAGAGCAUAUAAGGUCCCACCAUUCCGGACCCGAUCCCAAAUAUAUCAAUAGCAUGACACCUUACUGCUGUUCCGUUUGUUCGGACAUGUUUGCCACUUCGCAGGACCUGAUCCUUCAUCUCAUACACCAUUGCGACAUGAACACGGCUAUGAAACGCCAGCCACAGGUGGGCCCGAGGAAGUACAAACGCAGGCGAAAGCUGAAACCCCAUGAACUGGAGAUGAUCUCUGGUCGAAUUGAAGAUGAGGAACAAGAACAGUCUGAGAACCAUUUCCAGGACUUGGGCGACAAUUAUACCGAUUCUGAAGAAGAACGGGAAAGAAGAAAACGUUAUGCCAGAAAACAACAGAAGAAAACCCCUUCUCCUACAUCACUCAAAGAACCUGUAGCUGAGAGCUACACUGAUCUCUAUAAUAGCUGUUCUUCUGCCAUAGAGAGUAUCAACUCGCUUGUAAAUUCAAAAUCGUCUAUUGCAAAAGCAAAGACUCCAAAAAAGAUGAAACCAGAUCAGAGUGUACCAAGCCGACCAAAGAUGAUCCACACCCAGAAAACGAGAGUGCCGGUUGAGGCCGGAGAAGACGGCCGAGUUAGGCACAGAACGAGGACUCUAGUUACUAGGACACAACCAGCUGAGAUCAAAUCUGCAACUGGUGAAAGAAUACGACCAAGAACAAAAAACGUCAGCUAUCACGUUCUCCAACCAGAAAAACUCCCGUUGGCGACCUUUCCAGAGCCGGUAAAUGAUGCUCAGGAGGCUGUCAACAAUCUCCUCAAACAAGAAAGUGUUACUGAUGAACAGGAACUGCAGGAGAAUCAACAACACAUCAAUGGAGUUGUCUUUGCGGACCAGUUUGAGCAGCCUCCAGAAGUAGCUGCCGAGCAGACCGUGGAAAGUGAGGUGGAACCUGUGGUAGAGAUGAGGAAGACAAGAUCAAGGAGCACCAGUAGUAGCAACAGUAACAGUUUGAAGCCCGGAAGGCAUAUUAUUGGACCUGGCAGUAAGGUUCGACUAGUCAAAGGAGGAAUGAUAGUAUCCAAAGCGAAAAAUAGAAAAUCAGAAUCUGAAAACGACUGCUCAGAACCUGCGCCCACUGAAGGAGCUCAGCAACAAGUGCAUCACAUUAAACAGGAGAUCGUCGAUCCCAGUCCCCUGCAUGAACUCGCCGAAAUUUCGAUGCAGCAUGCCAACGCCCAGAAUCUCUUCAAGUGCGAGAUGUGCAGUGAAGUGUUUUCAGACAGAGCACAGCUGCUAGUACACGUCCCCAUCCAUAUUUGAUGUUAGAUGUAUAUAAACUGCAUUGUGAAGCUGAUUCUGUUGAAAUUGUUUGAUAUCGAGUGUAAGCAGCAACUGACUGAUUUGUCAGUAUUCAGAUGUAUGGCUGGUUCUUCAAAAAUUGAUGGUAACUUGUUUCAGACCACCCUGAAAAUGUAAAUAAUGGUGAAUUAAACAAAAUGAUUGUUACUUCACUUCCCAGUCUGGAGCAAAUUUGUUUUAUUUUUAGACUCUACUGGACUGUUGUAUUUAUUAUUAUGUUCACAGUUAUUUAUUGUUGAAUACUUUCGAUGAGUUAUCAUACUGGAUGAAUCAAAUAUUGUGUAUAUUUGUAACGAAUUGAUAUAAAUAUUAUAAAUAUACUUAGCUUUAAAGUGUCUGUAUAAAUCUAACUUAUCUAUAUUUUUAU